AUGUAUACGUGUCGAGUUACUUCGCUCUCACAACCGUCGUCGUCUUUUCGAGGAAUACCCGCUGUAAAUCGUACAUUGUUCCGCGGCAACCAGUAUAAAUGUCUGUCUUCAUCGAUAAAGAAAUGCCGACGAAGCAGAAAAUUUCGAAUAUAUUCGACCGCAACGCAACCGUCAUCGUCACCCAACGAUGACAAAAACGAUGAAAGCAAAGCCGAGAGCGAGGAACGUAAAGCCAAAUUCUGGAAUAUCUUCUUAACAGAUGCAAUCGAGAUAUCGGGAAGCGGUGUCCCAAAGGUUAAACGUUAUAAAACCGAGGAAAACAAAACACCUAAUUCAAUCAAAAACGAAGAAGGAAAAGCAAAAAUAGAAGUGCAAGGUGAUGGAUUUCUCCAACGCCUCACAGUUGUAGGAUUGAUAUUGAGCGCGUGCUUCUUGAUAUCGGCAGUUCAAGCGACGCAUUUUGCAACCGUGAAGUGGUGCUUGAUGAAUCCUGUUACCUUGUUCCAAAACUCCGAAGUCUCUCGUGAGGUUGUCCGUAGACUAAUCGCACCGGGCGUGCGUUAUAUUGCGGCAUAUUUCUUCGCGCGUUGGCGGGUCAGAUGGGCGUUGGGCUUUGCUGUACUCUCAUUCAUAGCUCCAGCGGUAGAAUUCGACUAG